AAUACACUCGUUCGUUUCAAUGCAAUUUGUUGUUAAAAAAAAAUGAUAACGUAGUUGUGUAUACACCAGCCAACCCAAAGGACAACAUGAAGUAGCCAGUAAUCAUAGUUGAAGGAAAAAUUGAAGUCUGUUUUAAUGACUGUUUAGUGGCCUUUUGUAGAGAUGCAACAGUGAAUGCUUUGGUGGGUAGAUUUUUUUAUUAAAUGCUUUAAUGAGCUGCUUGAAAAGAUUUUACUCCAAAACCUGAUUGUCUGCCUUAUGAAGGUACAGGGUAAGAGUGGAGGAUGAUGGUCAAAGGCUGUAUGUUUUGUUUUAAUACAAAUAUAUUUAUUUUGCAAUUUUCAGUUGGGCAGCUUUGCCUGAGUUUGAGGUGAUUCUCAUGAGACAUGUUGUGGUUCUUGCCCUGGCUGUGGUCUGUGACAGCCUGCCACGACAUUACAGUGCUUGGUGUUGCCAGAGAUCUGCCUUGUGGUUUCAUGUCAGUCUCAGCCUGUGACUUUCCCUGAAGAACCAAAGAUUUUGCUCCACCUUUCCCUUUUGAAUCCCGCGGUUCUCAAACCAGACGAGUCUCUAAGCUCCUUUUCCAGACAAACCCCUUUUCUCUGCUGGCCAAGUUGUUUCUUUCCAUGGCACUGUGGGAAACUUGUUCAAAGUGGCCUUAUCAAACCCAGUUACAGACGUGACUGUUUCUUCUGGCAUUCAAAAACCAAACACAAACCACCUUCACAAAGGUGCACAGGGAAGCAGCCUCACCUCAUGCUUUAAGGUUUGUCAAGAGGCCUCUGAUUCACCUCCACUGUCUGCCAGGAGGGACAGCUCAGUCCAGCUGGAGUCAGGAGAAAUCCACAGGCUGCAGGUUUCCUGUUAAGGAAUCCUGUGCAAGUGAAAACUUGGUGCUGUGUUAGUGUGUGUAAAUAGAGCUUUGCCUGUGGGAUUUGCUAAGGACACGCAGAGCAGAGUGGGACAAAGCAGAUGGCACAGGCUGGGCCCAGGGAUCAGUAGGAACAGUUGUUUAUUUCUGUCUGCAGUUCACGCAAUUCCAACACCCCAGGAUGCUGUUCCAGGUGAUAACAGUGUCCCUCUGGGUGGUGUUUGAUGUGACUGGAAGCACUGGGAAUGCUCAGCUCUGGGGAGAAGGGAGGUGCAGGGCUGUGUGUGAACUGCAGGCUUAAGGUUUUCAGAGGGCAGGAGUGAUUGCAUCACUUCAAACACCUGCCCAGCCUGGCUUGUCCAGCCAGGCAGCUCUGUUUGUGUGUCUGUCAAACACCUGCAGCAGUGAGCAGCCACUGAGAGCAGUUGCUGCAUGGACUGGGUGCUUGAGGGGACCAGCAGCAGUGCAGGUUGGAUGUGUUGGGAGUGAAACAGCACAGAAAAUGGCAGUGAACAUCUGGAGGGUAAGGAGGGAUGGUAGGAUGCGAGCAGAGGUUUGACUCUCUCUGAUUUAGGUCUGUGUGGAGAGGAGCUAAGUUGCUAUUUGUACAUAAAGAACUUCUGCUUUUGAGCCUGUUGAUAGAAAGCCCAGCUCAGGGUGAUGAGGCAGUGACAGUGCUCUGAGCACACAGGGCUGACUCACAGCAGAGCUCCCAGCUCCUCAGGGAGCUGACAGGCCAGGUCCUGCCUCACAGCACACACUUGCCAUCUGUAAAACACCUCCCUGUGACUGGGUAACCCCACGUUGGGAUUGUCAACAGAAAAGGGUGAAAAAAGGUUUAAAAUAUGUCUGUACUGGACUUUUAUCAGUAGCUGCUGUGUCUCUCCCUGUUGUGGCCACAGCCAGCCUCAGCCAAACCCAUGGAACUCCCUCUCUGGGAGGAAGAAAAGCUGCAAUCAUGUGGGGCUGGAAUUGUUUGAUAAUCUGUUAUUUAGUCUCCUGCAGCACGAGAGCAAGGUUUAAGAACUAUAGGUUUGUUUUCUGAGAGCAAAGUUGCAAAAUUCUCAUGCUAAAACUUGCUUUAGAGGAGUGCAGUUGUUGGUGAAAAUGUGGACCAGGAGGAUCCAUAAUCUCUGUGAAACCUUCCCGUGACUGAGCACUCGCUGUCGGAGGUGGAACUGACUGUUCAAGCUCUGCUCAGUCGAGCUCAGAAGCUCCGAAUGGGAAGUGAAACCAGCAGUGUUCACUUAAGGAAGAGCUCUACUGGGCUGACUUGCCCUAUCCUGUACUGCUUAUAUGUUUUAUGUCAUUUACCUUUUCCUUUGAUACUUUGAGUUGUGACUCUCACGUGAGCAACAGGAAAAUAUUUACUGAAGCAAUGUCCCUGUGUAGUCUCAUUGUUUGUAAACAGUCUUGUGUCCCUGUCAGCCCUGGGAAGGGAUAGGCAGUUUUAAAGAGGAAACUCUUUCUCUCAUUAAGAAAUUCAGUUGCAGCUUUGAAGGUGUUGAUUUCAAGUUGUUUCGUUGUUGAUUCCAUGUUGUUUCCAGCUGCUGUGAAGUGUCCAUUUCCUGUAAACCUGGAAGUGAUGGAGCUGUUUAUCUGUCGAGCUCCAGUGUUGUAUCAGUCCAAUAUCUGUUGUGGGUCAUGUUUGGAAGCCAAAUUGUACAGCUCACAGGAGGCUGAUGCUGUGUGUUAAUAGAGUAAUUGCUGGUGUAGUGAGAAGAAUUUAUUCUGGAACACCUUUGUGCAAGAUCAGCUGGAAAUCCCAUUCCCCUGUGGUUUGGGUGCCGUUGCUCUGCUGCAGGGACAGCUCUCUUCAGUGACAGUGGGGUGUUCUCUGCAUUAAUGCUUGGAGGGAUUAUGCAAAGCAAUCCUUCCUUAGGUUUGGAUGUUGAGAGUGCUGUAGCUCAGGAUUCCUCCCUGUGUGCUGUUAUUUGGAUGGCUCCAGGGCCUGUCCUCUCACUGACGCUGCCCAGAUGCCACUUCCCUGGGCAGCGUCUGGGAACUGAUCCACUGCAGCAGAGUUUGGGGCAGGCAGGAGGGUGGGAAAGUCUGGGUGUGUUAACAGUGAUGACAGGGAGAGACUGGGCAGGAAGGAGCUCUCGGUGAUGUCAGAGCUGUGGGAGGAGAGUGGCCUCGGGUGCUUUGGGGCUGCUGAGAGCACUUCAGUGGAGCUGUGGGCCUGGUUCUCAGCCUGCAGCGAGUUACUGAGGCACGAAUUCGGGCCUGGGUGUCCCAGCUGUGCAGCACAGACUGGCCCCAAGGCUGAGUGACACAGGUGAGCUCCAGAAGGAGUGAAAAAGGAGAAAAUCAGAGCUAUAUUCUUUGACUGGUAGCGCCUAAAUCCGGUGUAAGUAGUGUUUUGAAGUUCAAUCCACACUUUUGUCACAUAUCAAAACAAAGUGCAUUGACAGCCACCUCUGCAGCCAGUGCCUGUGGGAGCUGCACUGGCAGCUGGGACUCUGCCCUGCCAGCCGUGGAUGUGCCUGGAGCACUGUCACAGCUUCUCAAGACAAGAUUUUUUAAUAACUAUUCAGAAACGAAAAAAGAUUGAACCCGGGUUUAGUUAAAAAUAAAGCCCGGUGGGAAAUCUGCUGUUUGCUCUUUGGUUUGGCAAAUGCAAAGUAACAAUUUGGUGGUAAAUAGUACAAACAGUUCUACUUCCUCUUCCCAGAACGGGCGUGGUUUGGGGUUUUUGACCUUGCUGUGCAAUCCCACGUGCUGCCCCAAAGAUCCACGUCCCCUGAGAGUGACAGUUGUGUCGGUUUGGUGGCUGCUCUACAGAGCUGUGGAGGAAGGGAUGCUUUCACAACCCUGAGAUUUAAAAGUUCCUGCAAUGAGUGAAUUCUGCUGCAGAGCCUUGUGCUGUUAUUGGUUAUUGUGCUUUGGUGUGAGCGUCUUAAUUACAAACGAAGUGACAGAUGAGCCCCGAGUUGGUGUCACAGGGCAGUGAAGAUGAAUGUGAACAUCAGUUUAAUCUGAGUGUGCAGGCCCCGGAAUAUGCAUCACAAAUCUGAUCAAGUUCUUGUUCCUGUUAUAAUUUCAGUUGCUUUUUUCAGUCUCUGAGGAGGGAAGUUCCCUGUGUGUGGAAAGCUCUUAGCUAAGGUGUUGAGAUGCGUAGCUUUGGGAGGGUGAGAAUUCCACGUGGGCAGGGAUUUGUGGAGAUCCCUGUUAGAAGAAGUGUCUGUGGGACGCGUUAAUGCUGUUUCAAACCCAGACCUACAGGGCACAGUAACCCUCCUGUGUGCCCACACAGGCAGAACAAAUACCAUGGGGCUGUGUUUGCUUUGGAAGGGCUGAACUGACCUUGUGGGAAGCAAACAGGUGUUUCUUACCUGCAGGUCAGGUCACUGUGUGUUGCUUCUUGUUGAACAUCGAGCUGCUUUAGAUGAAUGCCAACGCCUUCUCCGAGCCAGCAGUUGAGUUUUGGAAGUCUAACUUUGAUUUAGUCGGAUUUUGGUGUUUCAGUAUGCACUGGAACUCUGAAGGUGUGUGUGCCAGUGCUCAGCUGGAAUCUCAUUCCGUGAGUAACCUCAGGGUUUGGAGAUCUGUUGAUGCUGAGGCUCAGAACCACAUAGUGCUUUAUAUUAAAACAAAGUGGGAGGGAGAUGUGAAUAACCCUCCUCAUGUAGCUGCUGAGAGCCAGUGAGUGCAAACUCUGCUCUGGUUUUCUGAGGAGGGAAGAGGUUGGGCAGCUUCAUCUGAGGCUGCUGCAGGACAUGAGGGGGUUUUCCAGCAGCUGAGGUGGAGUGACCCACUUGCUUACGUUGUGCCAUGGUCAGAGCAGCCCAUGGCUCAGGUCCUCCUGGCCUAAGGGCUGCUUAUGCCUCGAAUUUAGCAAGGAAUCAGAGAGGGAGGAGGCAAAGAGGUUCCUCUGUUUGAGUUGGUGUUUCUGGCUCGUGCAGUUUGCAGUGACUGUGGUGUCAGGAGAGCUCUGUGUCUCCUGUGUGCUGGAGGGUGAAAGUGCUGUCCAGCUGCUUCAUGUUGAAAUAACCCUUCCUAGUGCAGAACUGGGAGGGCUGUAGAGAGUGGUGGGAUUUUGGCACCAUUCUGACUUUGUGACACUUGGGCUCAGUUUUUGAGCACUCAUAUUUCAUCUUCUGAUAUUUCAUUAAAUGUCUUGGAAAAGAAGAAAGUGGUCACGUGAAAGAUGUGUCAGUAACCCUUUUUAAAAGCUCAGUAAGACCAGUCUUCUAAAUCCACGUGAGGGUGGUUGCUGAAUGGAGAGCGGGACGUUGGUCUCAAGAUCCCUUUUUUCAUCAACAGUUUAAUUUGCUUAAUUAUUGUUUUUUACUUUACACUGACUUCUUAUUUCCCUUCCCCUGCCUCUAGGCCCUAUGAGAAAAAGGGAAAGCUAAGGAUGCUGGAGCAGAACAAUGGAUUUCUCUUUCUCUUUCAUGCAAGGGAUCAUGGGAAACACAAUUCAGCAACCACCUCAACUCAUUGACUCCGCCAACAUCCGCCAAGAGGAGGCCUUUGAUGGCAGCAGUGACAUUGCUGAGGAUGGGGGCCGGACGCCGUACGAGCCGGCGCUGCAGCAAAGCUUCCAGUACCCCACGCCCACGGCGGAGGAGCUGCCCCCCAUCACCAACGGGUACCCCCCGGCCAUCGGCAUGUACGAGCCCCAAGCCAAAUACCAGACGUACGCUCAGUAUCCCAACGGCUCGGCCAACGGCUUUGGGGCAGUCAGGAACUUCAGCCCCCCGGAGUAUUACCAGAUGGAGAACUCUAACGCGAGGCCGCACGAAGCUCUGGAGAAACCUUCCCCUCCCCAGCCGCCGCCUCCGCCCCCCCCCUCGGCUCCACAAGUGGGGAUUCCAAAGAAGACUGGCUCACCAGAGAUCAAACUCAAAAUAACCAAAACUAUCCAGAACGGCAGGGAAUUGUUUGAGUCCUCCCUGUGUGGGGACCUGUUGAACGAAGUGCAGGCGAGGGAGUACGCUAAGGCGAAACACGAGGGGAGGAAAGAGAAAAGGAAAAAGAGUAGCAAGCACGACUCUUCCCGGUCGGAAGAGCGCAAGUCGCACAAAAUUCCAAAAUUAGAACCAGAGGAGCAAAAUAGACCAAAUGAGAGGCUUAGCACGCCCUCAGAGAGACCAAGAGAAGAAGCCGUGCUGGAGGAAGCCCCGGUCCAGCAGCUCUUGCCGUCCCUUCCAACACAAGCCCCCCAUGACGUCAAGUUCCAGGUUGGCGAUCUGGUUUGGUCCAAGGUGGGGACGUACCCGUGGUGGCCUUGCAUGGUGUCAUGUGAUCCCCAGCUUGACGUGCAUACCAAAAUUAAUACAAGAGGUGCCCGGGAAUACCACGUCCAGUUCUUCAGCAACCAGCCGGAGCGGGCCUGGGUGCACGAGAAGCGCGUCCGGGAGUACCAGGGGCACAAACAGUACGAGCAGUUACUGGCUGAGGCUGCCAAGCAAGCCAGCAACCACUCCGAGAAGCAGAAGAUCCGCAAGCCCAGGCCGCAGAGGGAGCGAGCUCAGUGGGACAUUGGCAUUGCCCAUGCUGAGAAGGCACUGAAGAUGACCCGGGAGGAGAGGAUAGAACAGUACACCUUCAUUUACAUAGACCAAGAGCCAGAGGAGGCUUUGGCCAAGGCCAAAAAGACUGCUGCCUCCAAAGCGGAGGCCAAGAAGAACCGGCGGCCGAAGCCAGCGCUGAACACGCAGCCGGAACACGCCAACGUGGUGGCAGGAUCGUCCCCUUCCAGCGCCGAGGCACGGAGACAGGGCCAGAGGAGGCAGUCCAGUGUGGAGGAGGAGGAGGCACCUCCCGUGAAAAUCGCUUGGAAAACAGCUGCCGCUAGGAAAUCCCUCCCAGCUUCAAUAACCAUGCACAACCUGGAUCUGCAAAAAUGUAACAUGUCUCCGGUUGUUAAAAUUGAACAGGUUUUUGCCCUUCAGAAUGCUGCUGGGGAUGGAAAACUCAUCGAUCAGUUUGUUUAUUCCACCAAGGGAGUUGGUAACAAAACAGAAAUAAGCGUCAAAGGACAAGAGAAACUUAAUUCUUCAUCAGCUCAGAGGAGUGAAAAAGCAGCAGUGCAAAAUGCAUCCUCUCCUGAGACAACUUCUGGGUCAGCAGGUUCUGUAGAAAAGAAGCAACAGAGAAGAUCGAUUCGAACCCGCUCAGAGUCUGAGAAAUCCACCGAAGUUGUGCCAAAGAAGAAGAUCAAAAAGGAGCAGGUUGAAACGGUCCCACUGGCAGCAGUGAAGACGGGAUUGCAGAAAGGUGCCAGCGAGAUUUCAGACUCCUGUAAGCCCUUGAAGAAGAGGAGUCGUGCCUCCACAGACAUGGAGCUGACCAGCUCUGCCUACAGGGACACGUCUGACUCUGAUUCCAGGGGACUCAAUGAUUUACAGGGCAGUUUUGGGAAGCGCUCGGACAGCCCGUCAGCCACUGCCGACGCCGAUGCCUCGGAUGUACAGUCAGUGGACUCCAGCUUAUCCAGGAGAGGGACUGGCACAAGUAAAAAAGACACUGUUUGUCAGAUCUGCGAGAGCUACGGCGAGUCGCUGCUGGCCUGCGAGGGCGAGUGCUGCAGCGUGUUCCACCUGGAGUGCCUCGGCCUGAAGGCUGUGCCCGAGGAGAAGUUCAUCUGCGCCGAGUGUAAGAACGGAGAACACACGUGCUUUUCCUGCAAGCUCCCUGGCAAGGAUGUGAAGCGCUGCUCCGUCAGCACCUGCGGGAAGUUCUACCACGAGUCCUGUGUCCGCAAGUUUGCCACGGCCCUGUUCGAGUCCCGGGGGUUCCGGUGCCCACAGCACUGCUGCACUGCCUGCUCCAUGGACAAGGACAUGCACAAAGCCAGCAAAGGUCGCAUGGCGAGGUGUUUGCGGUGCCCCGUGGCCUAUCACUCGGGAGACGGCUGCAUCGCCGCCGGGAGCUUGUUUGUGUCAUCCCACAUCCUCAUCUGUAGUAACCAUUCCAAAAGGACUCACUCCUCAUCAGCUGUAAAUGUAGGCUUUUGUUUCGUUUGUGCAAGAGGGCUGGUAGUGCAGGACCAUUCAGACCCCCUGUUCAGUUCCUAUGCCUAUAAGUCCCACUACCUACUGAAUGAGUCAAAUCGUGCUGAGUUGAUGAAAUUACCUAUGAUUCCUCCUCCUUCGUCAGCUUCCAAAAAGAAAUGUGAGAAAGGUGGCAAACUGUUGUGCUGUGAGUCCUGCCCAGCUUCCUUCCACCCCGAGUGUCUCAGCAUAGAAAUGCCUGAGGGAUGCUGGAAUUGCAAUGACUGUAAAGCUGGGAAGAAGCUGCGGUACAAGCAGAUCGUUUGGGUCAAGCUUGGGAAUUACAGGUGGUGGCCAGCAGAGAUCUGCAAUCCCAGGUCUGUGCCUCUCAACAUACAGGGCCUCAAACAUGAUAUCGGGGACUUCCCAGUAUUUUUCUUUGGUUCACAUGACUACUAUUGGGUACACCAGGGCAGAGUUUUCCCUUAUGUUGAAGGAGAUAAAAGCUUUGCUGAGGGGCAAACUAGUAUUAACAAGACCUUCAAGAAAGCACUUGAAGAAGCAGCAAAGCGCUUCCAGGAGCUGAAAGCACAAAGAGAAAGCAAAGAGGCAUUGGAAAUUGAAAGGAAUUCAAGGAAACCUCCGCCCUAUAAACACAUUAAAUCCAACAAGGUGAUAGGGAAGGUUCAGAUCCAGGUGGCCGACCUGUCGGAGAUCCCCCGGUGUAACUGCAAGCCCUCGGACGAGAACCCGUGUGGGCUGGAGUCGGAGUGCCUGAACAGGAUGCUGCAGUACGAGUGCCACCCCCAGGUGUGCCCGGCCGGGGAGCGCUGCCAGAACCAGUGCUUCACCAAGAGGCUCUACCCCGACGCCGAGAUCAUCAAAACCGAGCGCCGCGGCUGGGGCCUCAGGACCAAAAGGAGCAUUAAAAAGGGUGAAUUUGUGAAUGAGUAUGUUGGGGAGCUCAUUGACGAGGAGGAGUGCCGGCUGCGGAUCAAACGUGCCCACGAGAACAGCGUCACCAAUUUUUAUAUGUUGACUGUGACCAAGGACCGAAUAAUAGAUGCUGGCCCAAAGGGGAACUACUCCCGUUUUAUGAACCAUAGUUGUAACCCAAACUGUGAAACACAGAAGUGGACAGUGAAUGGUGACAUUAGAGUUGGACUGUUUGCUCUUUGUGACAUCCCUGCAGGAAUGGAGUUAACAUUCAAUUACAACCUGGAUUGCCUGGGCAAUGGCAGGACCGAGUGUCACUGCGGAGCAGAGAACUGCAGCGGCUUCCUGGGAGUGCGGCCCAAGACAGCGUUUGCAACAGCAAAUGAAGAGAAGGUGAAGAAUGCAAAGUUAAAGCAGAAGAAACGGAAAAUAAAAACAGAACAGAAGCAGAUGCACGAAGACAACUGUUUCCAGUGUGGAGAUGGGGGAGAGCUGGUCAUGUGUGAUAAGAAGGACUGUCCCAAAGCGUACCACCUCCUAUGCCUUAACCUGACUCAACCACCUUUUGGAAAGUGGGAAUGUCCAUGGCAUCAGUGCGACGUCUGUAGCAAUCCUGCUGUUUCCUUCUGUGAGUUUUGCCCCCAUUCCUUCUGUAAGGAUCACGAGAAGGGAGCCCUGGUGCCGUCGGCGCUGGACGGCCGCCUCUGCUGCUCCGCACACGACCCCAAAUCUCCUGUGGCACCCGAGUACUGGAGCAAGAUCAAGUGCAAAUUGGAAGCACAGAAUGCUGUGGAAGAGGCAAAGGAGUGAAUUUGGUUAAAGACAAACGCGGGAGGGGAGAAGAGGGGCAACAGGCGACGAACUCGGAGAGACUGCGAUGCCACGCUCAGUCUGUCCUCGGAGCCGUCGCGUGUGAGCUGGGACGGGACCAUUGACCUGAGCGAGCAGGACCAGGCAGUGGUGUUUGGGUUUUAUUGUUUGGUCUUUCUUUUACCCUUGAAUGUGCUACAGCAGCUCUUACUGUUGGAAACCAGGAACGUCUUGGCCUUCGAAGAAAACCGUAGACCUUUUGACAGUGAAAAGAAUAUUCUGUUUAAAAUAAUGUUCUUUGAGUGUAGAAAGCAAAGCAUAGCAACAUAUUUAUUUAUUUAAUUUUGAAAGGGUGUUGAAGAUCUGGCUUUGAUCAGUCAACGUGUCUUUGAAAACAAAACAGAGAAGCCAAUGUAACUUUUGUGUCUAGUUUAUGGAAAGAGCAAAGUUUCCCCCCUCUGUAACGCUGAGAUGCCAAACAGACAGGUGUGGGUGUCAGACCAGGUGACUCUGAAAUGCCUCUGUUCCAGUACUUAUUGUUUAAAGGCAUUGGAGAAGGUAGGUUGUCUCUCGUAUUAACUUAUGAAUAUUAUUGUGAAGCUUUUCCUGUGAGAAAUCAGGUGUGUGACUUCUUGGAAGUGCUUGUAACACAAGGUCUGGCAGUGUUUAAGGAGGGAAGAAGUGAUGGUUCCUUGCUCCAGAGCUGUAAUGGGUGUUUGCAGAUAGGUGAAAAUUCAGAGUUCAGUUGCACAGUGGUCGUUUCUUUCUUUAUCCCGCCCAGUUUGGGAACCAUUCCCAGGCAGGAGAGGCUCCCAGUCUCAGAACUGGUUAGUCCCGCUGGUGAGUUUGUCAUCUGCCACUGGUAUUGAGUGUGAUUCUUCAGUGCUGCCUUCUCAGGCUCCCCGUGGCUUCAGGGAAGACUUGGGCACAUGAGGGACCCGACCCGUGUGCGUGUUGGUUUUGAUUGAACGUUUAGGUUUUAUUUUUUUUUGCUGAGAGGAAUCUUCUAACUUUAAUUUUCAUUGUUAGUGGAGCUGAGGAACAUCUCAGCACUUCCUUGAUGAACAGGGUAUUUUGUGCCUGGGUAAUGGGCCGUAUCCCAGCAGCCAGCUGGAGCCUCAGGAGAUGGUUCUCUCUUGGAUUUCCUCUGUUAAUCAGAGAGACAGACUCCUUCAGCGAGGCUUUGGAAGUGGCUUAGGUCGGUUCCUGCUCCAGAUUUUCUUUAGAAAACCUAUUUUCCUCCGUUUGUUUGUGCAAGGAGCCAUGGGGCACUGGUGUCCCCAGGCUGGAGUUAGUUUUGGUGACCCUCUUCCCCCAGCCCAUGAUCUCACCACGCACUGUGUGUCACCCCUGCCCCAGUGCAGCGAGUGCUUCUGACUUGUGUGCUGAUAAAAGCUGUUCCCUGCCAGCCUUUGCUUGUGGGUAUUGAAAAUAAUCAAGUGUUGCUGGCAUCUGGCUGAAUUCAGCCUUGGAACUAAGAACCUUGCCUCUGGAAAACUGCUUACACAAACCUGCGGGAACAUGGGGAAUUCUCAGAUCGAGGAAAUGGGCUGAAAAAGUCCAUGUGGGAUUUAGAACACGCCUUGCCUCUGCCCAGUGUCCUCCUCAUCCUCAAAUUCAUGUACGGGGGAAAGUUGUUUUUUAUUUUUUGUGUGUGUGUGUGCAAUUGUAGAAUGACAGGAUACACUACAGUCCCUGAGCAGCUGCUGUGCCGUGGGCUCAGCUCUGACACCCUUGGGAGGCAGAACCUGUGGGUGUCUGGGGCAGCCCUGGGGCAGCAGCUGCUGGGACCUCUAAAGCACUUCAUGCCCUGGGCUGUGCUCUGGUGGGGGUC